AUGGAGAAUAAAACCAAGCUCAAGAAACGAGGUUAUUAUUCUGAAAUCAUUACAGGCACAAAGGAAGAUCCUGUCAGGCCUGAAGUUGUUCUACGGGCCAUUGCACCAAGAAGGGCAAAACUUGCGUGGCAAGUUCUCACCGAACACCACAGUGCUUCCGUGCAAGAAUUAAAAGGCCAGGAAACUUAUAACUUUCUCGGUGAAGCACAAAGAUGGAUGAGCUUCAACGCGGAUCGAACAAUUACGUUCCCCGCGGAAACGUUCACUCCGAAAGUGCAAAUGGAACUGAAGGUGGAGCCGAAACGAUUACCGCGAAACGUGGCGAUGGAGAGACAACGGAAGCUAUUUCGAAGCAUACACACUGAAGAUGCUUUGGACGCCGUCGGGAUCACACCGAGGGAUAUCUUACCACCGUCCGCCAUUUUACCCUUACUGCCUCGCGAGGAGAUCUACGGUCUGUUCGGUACCGCGCACUUGUUUCCGAUAGAGAUUUUUGACGACGAGGAAUACGAGCGUAGAACAAUCGAAGACAGGCUGAAUCUCGGUGUCAUUAACGGGGUACAGUCCCCGUUACCAUCCAACGUGUUCAUUCCGCGGCUUCAAGAGGAGGAACAAAAAUUCGACAAGGUCGAUGAUAUGCUGGACAAUCUGUUCUGUUGGUGUGACUCAGCUGUGACCGAUUACGAUUACGACAAGAGACUGUGGUCGGUGAUCACUUCGGACGGAAGCAAACGAUCGUACUCGGUACCCAGACUCUACGUACGAUUUUACUCCGAACACCCGAAUUUGUUCGCCAAGAGGGUGGCCGCGGCCGUCGAAAGCAGGAGAAUCGCCGAAGCUUCCAUAAAAUACAAUUUUUAUCUGGACUGCAUGCAACUGGACGGUAUGGACACUUUGAGCGAGACGCAGAAGGACGCCAUUGUUCGGCUGACCGUGAGACGACACUUGAGGAUCAAACGGGAGUUCAUAUCGACGCUGAUCGAAGAGAUCUCCUUGGACUAUCAACGGACAAUGUGCGAUCUGAUGUGGAGGCGAAUGAUAGAGCGGAAUCCGGGAAUGUUUAAAUUCAUCACGUGGAUGCCGAGCAUGGACGAGGACAGCGUGCCGAAAACAGGAAAGAUCGAUACGGGGAUGGGAAAUUUCACGGGAACGAAAAAAUUCACUCACUGGAUCACGUUGUACGUGCUGAGGGAGGUGUACGACGCGAUGGCCUGCAUCGUGGCGGAAUGCAUCCACGUGUCCUCGAUGAAUCUGUUCGCCUCUACCCAGGGAAGGAUCAUGAAGCUAUGGGAAUUCGAGGACAUGAAUUCAUUGGCGACCAGCACGGUGAUAAAGUACCUGAAGGAGCCGUGGCUCGAGAAGAUCGCGCAAUCAGUCCGAAUGUGCCUGCGCGACGUCGGGAAGGGGUGGUUCAAUCUCGAGCAAAAAAUCCACGGUGUGUACGACGUGAUGAAACUGAAGCGUUUCAUGGACCUGACCACGUUGCGCAUGCAGCACGCACUACGAAUUAUGGUGGAGAACUCGAUCGUGUCUUACGGCGAGAGCUUGGAGAACCCUGCGCUCUGCGUUUUAGGGGUCGACGAGUCUUUCACCUGGGGAAGCAACUUCGUCAAGAGUCAGUUCACGUCCACCUAUCCACCACUCUUCAACAUAGAGAUUCAAAUGAACAACGAGGUGGCAUAUUAUUCCACGGAUCCCGAUCAAUUCGGGAUAACAAUCGUCUCCUUGUACGACACCGCCCUCGGCGCCUGCCAUCAAAUUCGACAAGUCCAUCCGUUUCUGCUCCCGGCGUUGAAGUUCCCGGCGGAUGUUUUCCUGAGUUCAGUCGGAUUGCUGGAGGACCAGGUGUGCGACAUCCGGAACCGUUUAACGCUGGCUUACCAAAAGUCCACGGUGCCACUUAAAGCGUACGCUCGUGAAUUCCACAGAUUCCUGGAGCUUUUCAAUCUAAACAUCGCUAACUACAUCGACGAACUGAAGCAAGAUGAGGAUCUCACCACGUUGGACAUAAAGGAUGCGAUAUCGCAUCAGAUCGGGAUGAAGUUGAGCCUCGAGGCGAAAUUGCCGAACGUCAUACCGAUCGGCCCGUUCAACGUGAACGUGCUGCCGUUGAAAGAAUUCCUGAUGCAGAAAAGGCACGAUUGUUCCACGGGGUUGCUCGAGAUGCUCACCGAGAGGUUACGCAACCGGGUCGACGAGAUCCUGGACGAAUACAGGGAGAUACGUAUCAAGCUGAAGGAACAGCCGCAGAGCAUCGAGCAUAUAUUCGAGAUUCGCGACUGGAUGGAGACCAUACCGCUUCGGGUGCAGAAUCUGGAGGAGAGGAUGGAUAAAUUGAAACUAGACUUCGACGUACUGGACAAUUUCUGGUGGAACCUGUCCGACCAGGACUUCGAGGCGAAGUGGGAGGCGAUUGGGUCUCCUCUUCAGAUUCAGUUGCAGAUUAGUAAUGCCUUGCAAGAUUUGAAUACUUACUUGGAGCAAGAGAAGUUCUACAGAAUUCAGGUGCAGGACGAGGUCUUUCUGCUCGAGAAAAUCGACACGCUGGUGGGCAACGUUCAGAACAUAAGCCUCCAGUCAGACAUGAAUCGAAUACACGAGACCGCGCUCGACGUGAAACGCGUUUGGAAAACGAUGACCGAAUGUCGGGAGACAGGGCUGCUACUGAACGAACGACAGAAGCUGUUCGGAAUGAAAGUGGUGCCGUUCGAGCAUUUGCAGAAGCUUAUAAGGGAUUUCGAGCCGUACAGAAGUUUAUGGGUUACCGCCUCAGAUUGGUUGAAAUGGUACGACAUAUGGAUGGACAAUCCUCUGGUCAAUAUAGACGGCAGCCAAGUGGACAGCCUGGUAAUGGACAUGUAUCGAAUAAUGACCCGGGCUGCCAGAACGUUCCAGGAACAUCCGAAGGUGCAAGCGAUAGCCACAUCGAUAAGGGAUCAGAUAGACGAAUUCAAGCCGUACAUCGGUCUGAUACAAGCUCUACGUAAUCCGGGGAUGAAAGAUCGACACUUCGAGCUAUUGAGCGCGCAAACGGGUAUACAGAUGGUGCUCACGCCGUCGAUCACGUUCAAAACCCUAUUGGUGCUCGGUAUCGAGCAGUUCGAGGAACUGGUGAAAACCGUCGCCGAUACGGCUGCCAAAGAGUACGCUACUGAACGAACGUUGAAUAAAAUGAUGGAAGAGUGGGAAUCGAUUGUCAUGGAAAUACUCCCGUACAAGAACACUGGUACAUACAUAAUAAAAGUCCCCGAAGAGACGAUGAUGCUUCUGGAGAAUCACAUAAUCAGCGUGCAACAGCUCAGCUUCAGUCCUUUGAAAACCGUAUUUGAGGAUGAGAUCAACGAGUGGGAGUACAAGCUGAAAAUAACCGAGGAAGUUUUGAAUUUGUGGCUGGAAGUACAAAGGCGGUGGAUGUACCUAGAGCCAAUAUUUACGUCAGAAGACAUUAGUACGCAGCUGCCAGCGGAAACAAGAAAAUACAACGCCAUGGAACGGAAUUGGAGGCGAAUUAUGAAGAACGCCCACGAGCAUCCGUAUAUCAUCAGGACGUGUCCCGAUAUAAAUCUUCUGGAGAGCCUACAAGAGUGUCAGAGCCUGUUGGAAGUGGUGCACAAAGGUCUAUCAAACUAUUUGGAGGUGAAACGAAGAGCGUUCCCGCGUUUCUACUUCCUCAGCGACGAGGAAUUGCUUGAGAUCCUGGCGCAGGCGAAGAACGUACACGCGGUACAGCCGCAUCUACGCAAGUGUUUCGAGAAUAUACAACAGGUCCGGUUCGAGGAGGACUUGGAGAUCACAAGAAUGUACUCGGCCGAGGGCGAGGAGGUGAUAUUCCGGCCGUCCAUGUAUCCCGAACGUACCGUAGAAUAUUGGCUGAGCGAUCUGGAGAGGGUUAUGCGAAACACCAUACGUGAAAUCAUUCGUGAGGCACUCAGUGUCGUCGAGACCACACCGAGAAAAGAGUGGGUUUAUAUGUGGCCGGGACAGGUGACGCUCUGCUGCGGCCAGACUUAUUGGACCGCGCACGUCGAACAGGGGAUUCGCGGGAACGCUCUUCGAAGUUAUUACAAGGAAAUGCUGGGCCACCUCGAUGGUUUACGAGAAUUGGUGAGGGGCCAGCAAACAGAGAUACAGAGGCUGAUGCUGGAGGCGGUGAUCACAAUCGAGGUGCACGCGAGAGAUGUUACCCACAGGUUGAUCCAAGAACGUGUUUCGAACAUCAACGAUUUCGACUGGAUAUCGCAGUUACGAUAUUACUGGGUGGACGAUACCGAUCUGAAAGUGCGCGCUGUCAACGCCGAAUUUCCGUACGGGUACGAGUACCUGGGAAAUACCGGCCGACUCGUCAUUACUCCGCUGACCGAUCGAUGCUACCUGACACUGACCGGGGCGCUCCAUUUGAAAUUCGGCGGGGCGCCCGCCGGCCCGGCCGGAACCGGAAAAACGGAAACCACAAAGGAUCUCGGGAAAGCGUUCGCAAUUCAGUGCGUCGUUUUCAAUUGCUCGGAUCAGCUGGAUUUCAUGUCGAUGGGGAAGUUCUUCAAAGGCCUCGCCAGCUCUGGCGCGUGGGCGUGCUUCGAUGAAUUCAACCGGAUCGAUAUCGAAGUGUUGUCGGUGAUCGCCCAGCAAAUCAUGACCAUUCAACAAGCACAGCAGAUGCGGGUCGAAACGUUCGUUUUCGAGGGCGAAGAAAUAGUGUUGAAGCCUUCCUGCGCCGUGUUCAUUACCAUGAAUCCCGGUUACGCGGGUCGCACCGAAUUACCCGACAAUCUGAAAGCUCUGUUCCGUCCGGUCGCGAUGAUGGUGCCGGACUACGCGCUGAUCGCUGAAAUUUCACUGUUCUCGUAUGGUUUCACCGAGGCGAAAGCGUUGGCCGCGAAAAUAACGACGACGUUCAAGCUGAGCUCGGAACAGUUGAGCACACAGGAUCACUACGACUUCGGUAUGCGGGCGGUGAAGACGGUGAUUGCGGUUGCGGGAAAUUUGAAAAGGGAACAGAAGGAUCUGAACGAGCAGCAGAUCUGUUUACGUGCGUUGCGGGACGUGAACGUUCCGAAGUUCCUGAAGGACGAUUUAACUUUGUUCAACGGUAUUGUGUCGGACCUGUUCCCGCGCCUCGAGGAGAAACAAGUGGACUACGGGGUCCUGGACGCAGAGAUCCGUGCGGCGAUCGUACGAAUGGGUCUGGAACAAAUCGACGAGUUCGUGAAGAAAGUGAUCCAGCUGUACGAAACGACAGUGGUGCGGCACGGAUUAAUGCUGGUCGGACCAACUGGGUCGGCGAAGACGAAGUGUUAUCAAGUUCUGAAGGAAGCUUGCACGAAGCUGAAAGGGCAACCGCAGCCGAGCGGCAAACCGUUCACCCCAGUAUAUACGUUUGUGUUGAACCCGAAAUCGAUCACGAUGGGCCAGCUGUACGGCGAAUACGAUUUGAAUACGCGCGAAUGGACUGAUGGCAUUUUCUCGACGCUGCUCAGGCACGGAAUAGCUGCGGAUGAUAUCAAUAAACGUUGGUACAUAUUCGACGGGCCGGUGGACGCUCUAUGGAUCGAGAACAUGAACACGGUGUUGGACGACAACAAGAAGCUCUGUUUGACGUCCGGGGAAAUAAUGAAAAUUCUGCCCAGCAUGACGAUGAUGUUCGAGGUGGCCGAUCUGAGGGUCGCCUCGCCAGCCACGGUCUCGAGAUGCGGUAUGGUGUACUUGGAACCGGAGGGACUCGGUCUCGAUCCAAUUAUUAAUUGCUGGCUGAAAUCUCUACCCCGAGUAAGUAAUAUGAGCAGCCACGUGGAGAAAAUUGCCGAACUGACCGGUCACUAUCUGCUUCCGGGACUGAAGUUUCUGCGCAAGGGGCUGCGCGAGAUCGUAAGCACGGUCGAUUGCGGAAUGGUGCAGUCUUACAUAAACAUGAUGAACUUCCGGAUCGGUCCAAUGGCUGGCCGCGAGGGAAAACCACCUCCGCAAGCCGCUUUUCAAGCCCUCAUUCCCGAUUUGCUGUCGCCUUGGACCGCGUUCGCGGCGGUCUGGAGUCUGGGUGCAUCCAGCGAUUACAACAGUCGUCGUAUGUUCAGCGAAUGGAUUCGAAACGUUCAGAAAACACGUCGCCACGCGACACCGUUCCCCGAAGAUGGUUUGGUCUUCGAUUACAGAUUGCACGACGGCGGUUUCACCGAUCUGAUCGAUGGCAACGAGCCAAUUCCGCCCAGAUGGUACAAAUGGCUGGAUGAUAUUCCAUCGAUCGUGAUCACGCCCGAGACCAAGUACGCUGAUAUCGAAGUGCCAACGAUGGAUACCGUGAGAAGCGCGACGUUGAUCGGUUACUUGUUGAUCAACGACUCGAACGUUCUCUGCAUCGGUCCCACCGGGAGUGGAAAAACUCUGACCAUCUCUGGCAAACUGUCGCGAAACAUGCCGAAAAGAUUCAUUUGCGACUUCAUCACGUUCUCCGCUCGGACCACCACGAAUCAGACUCAGGAUCUGAUCGACGAAAAGCUGGGCAAGAGGCGGAAAGAUGUCUACGGACCGCCAUUAUUAAGGAAACAGAUCUUCUUCGUCGACGACCUGAACAUGCCAGCUCUCGACACGUACGGGGCCCAGCCACCGAUCGAAUUACUUCGACAGUUCAUGGAUUUUCAAGGGUGGUACGACAGGAAAGAGAUCGGAUCGUUUCGUCGGAUCGAGGACGUGAAUUUCGUCGGAGCGAUGGGACCACCUGGCGGCGGUCGGAAUCCAGUAACUGCCAGACUAUUGCGACAUUUCCAUUUCAUCGCGUUCCCGGAAAUGGAGGACGACGCCAAGAGAAACAUCUUCGGCACGAUUUUGUACUCGUGGCUCUCCCGUACAGAGAAGUUCGGUGAUACGCUGGACGCGUUCAUAGAAACCACCCUCAAAGUAUUCGCCACGAUAUGCAAGGAAUUGCUACCAACCCCCCACAAGUCCCAUUACACUUUCAAUUUACGAGAUCUCAGCAAGGUGUUCCAAGGGAUGUUGAUGAUGAAUCCAGUGAAAAUUAAGACUCGCGAGAAACUAUUGUUACUCUGGUACCACGAGAAUCUACGAGUGUUCAGCGAUCGUCUAGUAAACGAUACCGAUCGAGAGUGGUUCGAUGAUCUCCUGCGAAGCAUCAUGGGAACAAACUUCGAAUGCGACGCAGGAACAGUGAUCGGUGACGGGGUACUAUUCUACGGUGACUUUUGUGGAACGAGCAGAGAGUACGAGAGAAUCAUCAACACGAAGAAAAUGGAGCGCGUGCUGGAUGAUUUUUUGGAGGAUUACAACGCGUCAACCACGUCCCCCAUGAAACUGGUGCUCUUCCAGGACGCCAUAGAUCAUAUCUGCAGGAUCAAUCGUAUCCUCAGGCAGCCACGCGGGAACGCCCUUCUUCUGGGAAUGGGAGGAUCAGGUCGACAGAGUUUAACAAGGCUGAGCAGUCACAUACAAGACUACUCGUGCUUUCAAAUCGAGCUGAGUGGCGCGUACACGAACAACGAUUGGCGCGACGACAUCAAGAUGUCGAUGAUGAAGGCUGGGAUGCAGAACACGCUGAUAGUCUUCUUAUUCUCGGACACGCAGAUAAAGGAUGAGCGUAUGCUGGAGGAUUUAAACAGCAUUUUAAAUAACGGCGACGUGCCGAAUAUAUACCACGUGGACGAGAUGGAGAGGAUAUACCACUCGAUGCGUGGAUUGGUGCAAGAAGCCGGACUCCAGAUUAAUAGGAGCAAUCUUUUCUCCGCCUACGUCAAAACGGUUCGGAACAAUUUGCAUCUCGUCAUCACAAUGAGUCCCAUCGGCGAGGUUUUCCGCGCCCGGAUCAGACAGUUUCCGGCGUUGGUGAAUUGCUGCACGAUCGAUUGGUUCUGCCCGUGGCCGGAAGCGGCGCUUCAGAGCGUCGCGACGCGAUUUCUAUCCGACAUCAAAGACGAAUCCAUCACCGAGGACGUUCUGCGAUCGAUCGUCAGGAUGUGCCAGUACAUGCACUCCAGCGUGAUCGAGGCGAGCGACGUUUACCUCAAGGAAUUGAAUCGUCACAACUACGUCACGCCGACGUCGUAUCUGGAAUUGCUAUCCGGCUACGGGGAUCUGCUGAGCAAAAAGAAAAACGAGCUACAGUCGGCGGCGAAUCGUCUGUCCACAGGUUUGGACAAACUCGCGAGCGCAGAAGUCGAGGUGAAGGAAAUGCAAGAACAGCUGGCAAAUAUGAAACCAGAGCUAGAAAAAGCAGCUGAGGCGACUGCUAAAAUGAUCGAGAGGAUCACUGUCGAUACCAUCGAGGCGGAGAAAACGAGGCAACAGGCAAAGGAACAGGAAGCUGUCGCCACGAAGAUGAAGCUGGACAACCAGGCGAUCAAGGACGAAGCUGAGGCCGAUUUAAGUGAGGCACGCCCGAUGCUGAUCGCCGCCGAAAAGAGCCUUAAAGCCCUAAACAGGAACGACAUCACCGAGGUGAAAGCGAUGAAACGGCCGCCUGUCGGCGUUCUACUGGUUAUCGAAGCUAUUUGUAUCAUAAACAACGUCAAGCCCAUCAAGGUUCAUGCCGGAAAGUUCGGGAAAGAAACGAAGCUUGAUUAUUGGACGCCCGGCAACCAGAUGCUCGCGGAUCCAGGCCACUUCCUAUACACAAUGGAGAACUACGACAAAGAGAAUCUCACAGAGGAGAUGAUUAACAAAUUGAAAUCCUACAUCGAAGAUCCAAACUUUCAACCGUCCAAGAUACAAUUCGUCUCGAAGGCCUGCCACUCGUUGUGCCUGUGGGUGCACGCGAUGUACAACUACUACUUUGUGAACGAGAAAGUGAAACCGAAGAUGGAGGCGCUUGCGAAGGCCGAGGAGGCGUUGGUGGAGACCGAGAAGGCCUUGUUAGCCGCGGUACAAAGACUGAAAGAAGUCGAGGAGGGUAUCGAAAGCCUGCGAACACUUCUAAGGGAGGAGGAGGAGAGAAAAGCAGAACUGGAGAAGCAAAAGCAGCUUUGCGAGGACCGAAUGGGAAGGGCUGUCAGGCUGAUCGACGGCCUGGCCGGCGAACAGAUACGCUGGAUGUCGACUGUGGCCGACAUAAAUACGUCCUUGAAGAACGCCGUCGGAGAUAUUCUCCUCGCUUCCGGAGCAAUAGCUUACUUGACCCCGUUCACAGACAAAUACCGAGCGAGUCUGUUGACCGCCUGGAAAAAGCUGCUCGGCGAGGGUGUGCCCCACACGCCGGGCAGCGACCCGAUCUCGACGCUUGGCGAUCAGGUGGAGAUAAGAAGAUGGCAGAUCGAGGGCUUGCCGAGGGACACGCUGUCCGUGGAAAACGCAGUCCUCGCGAUGCAUUCGAAGCGUUGGCCGCUUUUCAUCGACCCCCAAGCCCAGGCAAACAAGUGGAUCCGCUCUCUGUACAAGGAACAAGGCAUAUCCGUCGCGAAGAUGACCGACAAGGACGUCCUUCGUGUCCUCGAGUCCUGCGCUCGGUUCGGAAGGGCCUGCCUAUUGGAGAACAUCGGUCUCGAGCUGGAAGCCGGACUGGACCCUAUACUGAUGCGAUCGUUAUUCGAGCACGGUGGCCAGAUGUGUGUGAAAAUCGGGGAGAACAUCGUCCCCUACAACAACGACUUCCGUCUGUUUCUCACCACGAGGUUGUCGAAUCCCCAUUACACACCGGAAACUGCGGUGAAAAUCCUGCUGGUGAACUUUGCGCUGACAGCCACUGGUCUGGAGGAUCAGGUGCUGUCUUUGGUCGCCAUUCAAGAGCGACCGGACCUCGAGCAGGCCAGAAACGCCCUAAUCGUGUCGAACGCCGAGAUGAGAAGCGAGCUGCAGGACAUAGAGGACAGAAUACUGUACAGACUGUCGUUAUCAGAGGGUUCUGCCGUCGAUGACAUCGAUUUGAUCCUCACCUUAGAAGCUUCGAAAGUGAAAAGCGAGGAGAUCAAGUUGAAAAUGCAAGAGGCGGAGGUCACACAGGCGGACAUCGAGAUCACCAGAUCGCUGUACAUACCUGUCGCCGUGCGGGGUCAGAUACUUUUCUUCUGUCUCUCCGAUCUACAGCACAUCGACACGAUGUACCAAUACUCGUUGGAAUGGUUCGUCGAGAUAUUCAACAACAGCAUCAAAGCGACGGAAAAAAGCGCGGAUAUCGAGGAACGGGUCGCGGGUAUCAACCGGAAAUUCAUGUUCUCCCUGUUCUCGAACGUCUGCCGCAGCUUAUUCGAAAGGCACAAACUGCAUUUCGCGUUCCUCGUCUGCGCGCGGAUCCGAAUGAAUGAGAAAUUAAUCGAUCCAACCGAAUGGAGACACUUCUUAGCCGGGCCGGAACCGUUCGAAGACAAACCGAAUCCGUCGCCGAAUUGGAUCACGCCGCGUUGCUGGAAAGAGAUCCAGGCACUCGAGAACCUGGAUAACUUCGCGAACUUCGUCGAGUCCUUUGGGAAGUCUCUGAACCACUUCAAACACGUUUUCGACGAUCCGGAGGCGCAUACAGCUCCGUACCCAGAACCAUGGAACUCGAAGCUGGACGACUUUCAAAAGAUGCUGAUACUGAAGUGUCUACGUCCUGACAAAGUGACCAACGCGAUGCAGCUGUACCUCGCCAAGCAUCUGGGCCGUGAGUUCGUCGAGCCACAAACCACGGAAUUAUCGGCGGUUUACAAUGAAUCCUCGCCAACCACACCGAUUGUCUUCAUCCUGUCGAUGGGUACAGAUCCAGCGGCCGAAUUGUACAAGUUCGCGGACAGACUGAAGAUGGGCACGAAAUUGCUCGCCAUCUCACUCGGCCAGGGACAAGGGCCCAGAGCUGAGGCAAUGAUCAGAAUGUCCUCGGAACAGGGCAAUUGGUGUUUCUUCCAGAAUUGCCACUUAGCGCCAAGCUGGAUGCCGGAGCUGGAUACGUUGGUCGAGACAUUGUCUCGAGGGAAGAGCCAUCGUGAUUUCCGGUUAUGGUUGACCUCUGCGCCUUCGCCGGACUUCCCUGUCAGCAUCCUUCAAAACAGCGCGAAAAUGACGAUCGAACCACCGAGAGGCAUAAAGGCGAACAUGUUCCGCGCUUACUUAACCCAAGUGCUCGAAAUGCAAAGUUUCCUGCAAUCUGGCCACCCGAAAGUGUCUCAGUUCAAGUGGCUGGUGUUCUCUCUCGCCUUGUUCCACUCGGCUCUUCUCGAGAGGCGAAAAUUUGGCCCGUUAGGCUUCAAUAUACCGUACGAAUUUACAAACGGCGAUCUAACCAUAUGCGUCUCGCAGCUUCACAUGUUCCUGCUGGAAUACGACACUGUGCCGUUUAAGGUUCUGAUAUACACGGCCGGUCACAUCAACUACGGCGGACGAAUUACCGACGAUUGGGAUCGUCGAUGCGUUCUGACCAUCUUGGAGGAUUAUUACAAACCCCAGAUUCUCUCGUCGUCGUACACGUUCGACGAAGAAGGACGCUAUCAUCAGUUACCGGAAACGGCAACGUUCGAGGAAUACAUCGAAUACAUAAAGACGUUGCCGUUGAACGACGAACCAGCGAUUUUUGGAAUGCACCCGAACGCCGACAUAAGCUGUGCUCAAGCGGAAACAUACUCCUGUCUCGAGACGCUUCUUGCUCUUCAGCCGCGAGAAGUCGGAGCCGCGGCGGCCAGUACCGAAGAGGUUACGAACCAAUUAGCCGUGGAUAUGCUAUCGGAUAUGCCAGAGACCUUCAACUUAGCCGCAUUACAAGCUAGGUAUCCUGUCUUGUACGAGGAGUCGUUCAACACCGUGUUGCUGCAAGAAGCCAUACGUUAUAACGGGCUGUUGGUGGUGGUAAAAAGCACAUUGGUGGACCUCUUGAAAGCUUUGAAGGGGCUGGUGGUGAUGUCCGAGCAAUUGGAAACAGUGGCGAACAGUUUGUACAACAACAGGAUACCGAAAGUUUGGCAGGACAAGGGCUAUCCGUCGUUAAAACCACUCGGUGCUUGGUUUCUCGAUCUAAAGGAUCGAAUCGCGUUCUUGAGAUCGUGGGAGGCACGAGGUAUACCGGCAGCCUUCUGGAUUUCCGGUUUUUACUUUCCGCAAGCUUUCUUGACCGGCACCCUGCAGAAUUUCGCGCGCAAACAUGUUGUCUCUAUCGAUACGAUUGACUUCAGUUUUCAGGUAUUAAGUGAAAUGCCAAACCGUAGACCAGUGGACGGUUGCGCUAUCUAUGGCCUAUUCCUUGAAGGAUGUCGAUGGAACAAGGACCACUUGGACGAGUCCCUUCCGAAGGAGUUAUACACCAACAUGCCUCCAAUCCUACUGUUGCCGGAGGUGAAUCAUCGGAAGCCUAGCGGAAUUUAUUCCUGCCCUGUUUACAAAACAAUCAGCAGGGCUGGAACAUUGAGCACAACAGGACACUCGACCAAUUUUGUCCUGGCAAUGGAAAUACUCAGUAAAAAACCUGAAGCCCAUUGGAUCAAAAGAGGUGUAGCCAUGAUAUGUGCUCUAGACUAUUAG